AUGCCGGAGACCAGUAGAGCAACGACGACCCACCGGCGACUUCUGCUGUUCUGUUUUCUUUCUUCUGUGCUCUGCCUUGUUCUCUCUGAACCAGUCGAAGGAGAAGAAGCAGAAGACAUCAGCAGGUCUCAUUUCCCAGAUGGGUUUCUCUUUGGCACCACUACUUCUGCUUACCAGAUUGAAGGAGCUUAUCUUGAAGAUGGAAAGGGUCUCAACAACUGGGAUGUCUUUUCUCAUGUUCCGGGCAACAUUAAGGAGAAUGGCAACGGGGACACUGCUGACAAUCACUACCAUCUUUUCUUGGAAGAUAUUGAAUUGAUGCAUUCGCUUGGAGUGGAUGCAUAUAGAUUCUCAAUCUCAUGGACCAGAAUUUUACCCAGAGGGAGAUUUGGUGAAGUAAAUCCAAUGGGGAUCAUGUUCUACAAUCGUAUCUUAGACCAUCUUUUACUUAAGGGGAUUGAGCCAUUUGUGACAAUACACCACCAUGACAUCCCACAAGAACUUGCGGAAAGAUAUGGGGGAUGGCUCAGUCCUCUGAUGCAGGAAGACUUCGUGCAUUUUGCCAGAAUUUGCUUCGAGAGUUUUGGGCAUAAGGUGAAGUAUUGGGUGACCAUCAACGAGGCAAACCUGUUUGUGGAAAUGGCCUAUAUUAGGGGAUGGUACCCACCAUCUCAUUGUUCUCCUCCAUUUGGAAACUGUUCGGCUGGAAAUUCCAACGUGGAGCCUCUCAUUGCUUUGCAUAACAUGAUAUUGGCUCAUGGCAAAGCGGUUAAGAUUUAUCGCCAAGAGUUUCAGGGAAAGCAAGGUGGUUCCGUUGGAAUAGUUGUGCACGCAAUGUGGUAUGAGCCACUAAGAGCCAAUAACGAGUUAGAUCAGCAAGCUGUGACUAGGGGGUUAGCCUUCGGUGUGGGUUGGUUAUUAGAUCCCUUGGUAUAUGGAGAUUAUCCUUCCGAAAUGCGCCUGUUCCUUGGAGAUGCACUGCCAAGGUUCACAGUUGAUGAAAUCGACUAUGUUAAAGGAAGCAUAGAUUACAUUGGUAUCAACCAUUAUUUAACACUGUAUGCAAAAGACUGCCUCCAUUCUUCCUGCCCUCCAGGGGGGUCAGAUCAUGCUAUCAGAGGCUAUGUUUACUUCACAGGGGACCGUGAUGGGGUCCCGAUAGGACAACCGACCGCGAAUCCAGGGUUCUUUGUGGUUCCAGGAGGGCUUGAGAAGACUGUUAACUACAUGAAACAAAGAUACAAUAACAUGCCCAUGUAUGUUACUGAAAAUGGAUAUGCCCCACCACCAGAUGAAGCUGUGCAGCUGCAGCAAAUACUGCACGAUGUCAAACGAAUCAACUACCACAAGUCUUACCUUGCUGCUGUUGCUAGCUCCAUAAGGGAUGGAGCUGACGUUAGAGGAUACUUUGCGUGGAGUUUGAUGGACAACUUUGAGUGGGUUGAUGGGUAUACAUUGAGAUACGGAUUGUAUUAUGUCGAUCGUCGGACACUGAAACGUAUCCCCAAGAUAUCUGCACUCUGGUACAGAGAUUUCCUCGCACAUUCUUCUGGCAAUGCUCUUGGCUUAGCAGAAUACUACGGGAGACUAGAGCAAGAUUUAAGAGUUGCUGGACUGGAAGAUCUAUAAAAACUGUUAAAACAGUGAUUAUUAGAAGAUGAUACAUAAGCCUUGUGGUUAGUUUGUAUCUGCGCCCGCAGGCAACUGUGAAUUUUAAACCAUUGUUGUAUACAAAACCACAAGCACUUUUUCUUCUUUCAAGUGUUCGUCAUUAUUCUAUCGGUUGGCAAAAUGUUCUUAUGGCAAUUGUAUUGUAUUUAUCAUGAUUGUAUUACAAUAUUUAAC